AUGGAAAGGCUGUAUGAGCGCGUGUUAACGCACGUGCCAGCGCAGCAGCUACAUCAGAGCUACAACGCUGUACUCCAAGAGGAACUUGCAUCGGCAAAUGCAGCAGUGGGUGAUGUUGUAACAGCUUUCACCAAGCUGGAGGAGGUCCGCGGUGUUAUUGCGAAGUUUGAGGAGGGUCAUGACUCAACUGGUGGACGCAGCGCUACAUUAAUAGCUGCAAUAGCCAAUACACUGAUGGUUCAGCGAGACCUCCAGCAAAGAAUUGACAAACUCGUAUCUAGCGUCCCUAUAAACGUGUUGGAACGGAAAAGAAAACGAGACGAGGAUGAUGAACAAGGGCGCCAGAUGACAGGACACGCGCAUGAUAGAGAGUUGAUCAAAGAACGAGCUCGUAGCAUUAACAUAGUGCAGCCUACCGUGUUAAAGCGAGUUGCAACAACAGAGAUAAAGCCUGUCAUGGACUCCACUGUUGAGACUAGCUCAACGUCCGAAUGGGAAAGUGACAGUGACAGUGAUGAUGACGUUGAAGGCAGCGAAGCCGCUUGGAAAGCUUUAAUGGAAAACGCCGUAGAGGAUAAAGUACCUUCGCCCGGGAAACGGAGUGCAGUGGUUGACAAGAAGAAACAAGCGAAACUACUUCGUCAAAUGCAGCGAAUUUAA